ACCUCACCCCCCCACCCCCCCUCUUCUCUUGAUCUUUUUUAGUUCUUCUGGGUGAGAAAUCCUGAAGCCAUCUGUCUCUGUGUAUUUUUCAGAAGUGUCUUCUUCCUUUGUUUGUUCCUCAGAAAAAAAAGCACAAUCAUUAUUAAGUAAGCAAAAGAGAAAAAAAAAAAAAAAAUUAAACUCCCAUAAACACACACAGCUAAGUGUGUUCUGUAGGUGAAAAAAAAAACUCAUCUUUUUUCCAGUGCGCCCUUUGUGGGAGAUCAGCGAGCGAGAUUUGGAAGGAUUGAAACCCUAUAAUCAAUCUCAUGGCGGGUAGUAACGAAGUAAAUGCUAACGAAUCAAAGAGAGUGGUUCCCCUCAAUACAUGGAUUCUAAUAUCAAAUUUCAAGCUAGCAUACAACUUGCUCCGCCGCCCGGACGGCACAUUUAACCGUGACCUAAAUGAAUACCUCGACAGAAAAGUCACCGCGAACGCGAACCCUGUCGAUGGUGUCUACUCGUUCGAUGUUGUUGACCGGUCAACCAGCCUCCUCAACCGUGUUUAUCUUUCAGCCCGUGAAAACGGGGCUCACUGGGGUAUAAACGAGCUCGAGAAGCCCUUGAGCACAACUGAAGUAAUCCCUGUUAUAGUCUUCUUCCACGGCGGGAGCUUCGUCCACUCCUCAGCCAAUAGCGCAAUCUACGACACCUUCUGCCGCCGCCUCGUCAGCACCUGCAAGGCGGCGGUUGUGUCGGUCAACUACCGCCGCUCGCCGGAGAAUCGGUACCCUUGCGCGUACGACGACGGAUGGACGGCGCUCAAGUGGGUCCAAUCGAGGCUGUGGCUUAGGAGUGGCGCCCAAUCUUCGAGGGUGCACGUUUACUUGGCCGGAGAUAGCUCCGGCGGAAACAUAGCCCACCACGUGGCGGUGAGGGCGGCGGAGGAAGGGGUUGAAGUAAAAGGGAAUAUUCUCUUGCACCCUCUGUUCGGUGGGCAAGAGAGGACCGAGUCGGAGAAGCUAUUGGAUGGGAAGUACUUUGUCAAGAUUCAAGACAGGGAUUGGUACUGGAGGGCGUACCUUCCGGAAGGUGAGGAUAGAGACCACCCCGCGUGUAAUGUGUUUGGCCCGAGGGGUAAAAGUGUCCAGGGCUUCGUUAAUUUUCCGAAGAGCCUCGUUGUUGUGGCGGGAUUGGAUCUCCUUCAAGAUUGGCAAUUGAGGUACGUGGAUGGGCUCGAGAAAUCGGGGCAAGAAGUGAAAUUGCUUUAUCUCGAAAAGGCGACAAUUGGAUUCUACUUCUUGCCGAAUAACGAUCAUUUCCAUUCCUUAAUGGACGAGAUGAGAAGCUUCAUCCACUCGUAAUAUUGUUAAUACGUUUUCCUUUUUAUUUUUAUUUAACUUCGAUAUAUAGGCGGCCGGUUUUAUACGUAUUAACAACGGAAGGGUUGACAUUUUAUGGUAGGAUUGUAUGGUUGUGUAGUUAUUAUAUAUGGUUUGUGUAGAUUUUUAUUCGGGUUUCUAUUUCGGGUAACUUCGAAUCGUUGUUUAACGACGUAGGGGUAGCGGGAUUAGGGUUUCGAGAUUUGGAAAUCUUGAUCCCUUUUUUUUUUUUUGUUGAUGUGUUUAUUUGGGGGGGUUAUUCUACCUAGUACAUUGUGACCCCCCUUUUAGGAUGUUAUUAUUAUUGAUGAAAAAGCUAAUUCAGUAACAUGGAUUUUGGAAAAUCCAAUGCUGCUGUAAUAUAUUGUACUUGAUAUUGAUGCUACUAUUACUCUAGUCAUGUAUAAAUAUUAUUUUUGUUUUUU